GCUACAGUUGAAUCAAAUUUUCUUUUUCCGGUUUCGAUUGCAAGGAAAUGUCCGUUGAAGAAACAAAAUUGAAAUUGCAACAAAUUUUAGCAAAAUGCAAGAAUAUGUGCAUCGAACCGAAAGCUUUCGCGUGUGUGCAAAAAUUUUUAAGUGAAAAUGAAAGUGAAGGUGGUGAGAGUAAAAGCUGGAAGCUAUUGAAAUUUUGUUUGAUCUUUGCUUUACUGGCAUAUGGCUAUGAUUAUUUCUGCAAUGAGCUAUCGUCAAAGCGUUGCAUAUUGGAAUUACCACGCCCACUUCGCUACGCCUUUCGACCGCCGGAAGAGUGCGAUUUCUGCGCGAACAUUGAGAGUGCGAUACGAUUGCGUGGCAUAACGAGUGAAGAAUUUGCGUCGAAAUAUGCCUACACUGGAAGCCCAGUAAUUGUGGAGGAUGCAACAAAGAAUUGGACUGCACCAACAAAAUUCAAUUACUGGUAUUUUCGCGAUGUCUACACAAAUGCGAAACGUAAACAAAAAAUUCUCGAUUGCCAAUUUCUUCCCUACAAGACUGGUUUCAAAAAUCUCUACAAUGCAUUGGAUAUGCCAAAGCAGCGUGUAGACUUGCAACCCGGCAGUGAGCCAUGGUACUUUGGUUGGAGCAAUUGUAAUCCCGAAACGGCCGAAGAGUUUCGUAAGCAUUAUGGACGUCCCUACUUUCUACCGCCCACAUCUGAGAAUAAUGCAGUCGAUUGGUUUUUCAUCGGCACAGCUGGUUUGGGUGCACACAUGCAUAUCGAUAAUGUGCGUCUGCCUUCGUGGCAGGCACAGCUGUCGGGCAGUAAACGUUGGCUACUCGCACCGCCACCAGAAUGCUAUUUCAAAUGCAAACGCUUCGAUACAAUUGUGCGCACAGGCGAUAUAAUUGUACUGGACACCAACAAGUGGUACCAUCAGACGUUUGUGCAACCGGGUGAAGUUAGUCUAACCAUUGGCGCUGAGUAUGAUUAAGAGAGACCAUCGGUCUACUGCAAUUGUCAUCACUAAAAACUAAAUUUUCAUUAAAUCUUCAUUUGGGUGGGUCACCAAAACAAGUUGCGGUUUUUUCACGCGAUUUAUAAAAUUUAUUACCUUUAUUCUAAGC